AUGUGUGGCAUCAUUGCUCUGAUCCAGGCCAACCCCUCAUCCGCGGCUGCCGUGGAUCUCCACGAAGCCCUCUACCUCCUCCAACAUCGUGGUCAGGAUGCAGCCGGUAUCGCAACCUGUGCGUCCGGGGGUCGGAUUUACCAGUUGAAGGCCAACGGCAUGGCCGCCAAGGUCUUCCAGGAUGGUGCCAAGGUGACCAACCUGCCUGGUUCAAUGGGUAUUGGUCACCUGCGCUACCCGACUGCUGGUUCCAGUGCCAACGCCGAGGCCCAGCCGUUUUACGUGAACAGCCCCUACGGUAUCUGCUUUGCCCACAAUGGUAAUCUCAUCAACGCGCCUGAGCUCAAGAAGCACUUGGACUUGGAGGCCCACCGUCACAUCAACACCGACAGUGACAGCGAGCUGAUGCUCAACGUCUUUGCCGAUGAGCUGAGCGAGACCAAGAAGGCCCGUGUCAACCACGAGGACCUCUUCGCCAGUUUGACCCGCAUGUACAAGCGCUGCGAGGGUGGCUGGGCUUGUACUGCUAUGCUUGCCGGAUUCGGUAUCCUUGGUUUCCGUGACUCCUACGGUAUCCGCCCCUUGGUGCUCGGCUCUCGCCUGUCCUUGGAUGGACCUGGCAUGGACUACAUGAUGGCUUCCGAGUCAGUAGCCCUGGACCAGCUGGGCUUCACCAACCAGCGUGAUAUUCAGCCCGGUGAGGCCGUCAUCAUCGCCAAGGGUGGUGAGCCGGUCUUCCGCCAGGUCGCCCCCAAGAAGGCCUACGCCCCUGAUAUCUUCGAGUAUGUCUACUUUGCUCGCCCUGACUCUGUCAUGGAUGGCAUCAGUGUGUACCGUAGCCGGCAACGCAUGGGUGACCGUCUCGGUGCACGAAUCCUCGAUGUCCUGGGUCCCGAGAUCGUCAAGGAUAUUGACGUGGUCAUCCCCAUUCCUGAAACGGCCACCACAUCCGCCACCAACGUGGCACAGUACCUGAACAAGCCUUACUGCCACGGUUUCGUCAAGAACCGUUACGUCUUCCGUACUUUCAUUAUGCCUGAGCAAAAGACCCGCCAGAAGGGUGUCCGUCGCAAGCUCAACGCUAUGAAGGCUGAGUUCAAGGACCGCAACGUGCUACUCGUUGAUGACAGUAUCGUUCGUGGUACCACCAGUCGUGAGAUUGUCAGCAUGGCCCGGGAAGCCGGCGCUAAGAAGGUUUACCUUGCUUCCUGCGCUCCCGAGAUCACCCAUGCUCACAUCUACGGUAUCGAUCUUGCUUCUCCCCAGGAGCUUGUCGCCCACAACCGGGACUCCCAGGCUAUCGCCAAGCACAUUGGUGCCGAGAGCGUCAUCUUCCAGACCCUGGACGAUCUGAAGGAUGCUUGUGCCGAGGUUGCCCGUGAGAACGGACAGGCCGAGCCCCAAGACUUCGAGGUCGGUGUGUUCUGCGGUAGCUACGUGACCCCCGUGUCCAACGGCUACUUCGAGCACCUCGAGUCCGUCCGCGGUGAAGGUCGCAAGUCCAAGGCCCUGGACAAGGCCAAGGAGGCCGUCUCCCACGGCUUCGCCAACUUGACCGACUUUCAGAUCGCCGCCAACGGCGUGACCAUGGACACCAACGGCAAGAUCAUCCCCGCCUCCGACAACACCGACUCUCUGACUCACCCCGAGGCCAAGACAAGCCAUGAGGAGCACAACCCCAAGGUCUCUGACCGGAUGGAUAUCAGCAUCCACAACAUGGCGGACCACCACGACGCAUGA